AUGAUCGGUAAACCGCGCAUGGCGUUAGAGGGGUCAAUGAACAUGAGGAUAGCUCAGUUGGAUCGAAUGUUCCUUGCGCCGCAGCUGGUUACCGACAUCAACGUGAACAAGGCGGCCAAAGAAGACUCGAUGAGGAAAGCUUACUUGCAAGAGGUUGACCCUCUCAAGGCUCAGAUGAAGGAGACCAUUGUUGUCACACAACAAGUUCAAAUUCAGCGCUCAGAAAUCGCGAAACUGCGGCAAGACUACGAAAAUUGCAGGCAGCAUUGCGCGCUGCUUGAGAGUGAGCAUGAAGAUCAGCUCAAACAGUUCAGGAGCGAGAGAGCAAAACUCCAAGAACAACUUCGAGCCAUGCAAAGACUUGACGAGGAACGAAAUGAGGAGCUGAUUCAUAAUCGCAAGGAAACAUCGAGACUACACGCCAUGGUCGGGAGCCUGCAAGAGAAAGCAGCUAAGCUGGAAUCAAAGUGCUUGGAAACAGCAAGCAGAUCUCACUCCCUCGAGAUGGAACUGAGAGCACAGGUCGCUACUCUGAUGGAAGCGAGGCUGAAGCUGGAGGAUGAGGUACAUACACUGAAGCUAGAACAGGAAACAUGGUCGAUGAAAACAGCAAAUUUCAACAAGGAAGUGAAACGGGUCGCGAUGCUUGAGGCUAAAUUACCAAAGUCUCUUGAGAGGCUUGUGCAAAGGAUGGACGAGUUGAAGCUAGACUUCAAUCUUACAUUUUCAGAAUUGAUCGAGAACGUCACUGGCGAGUUUAAGUUGAUCGUGACGAGCCUUGCAAGGCUAAAGAAGGUCCACAAGCUGCUCUCAGUCUCCCUGCAGCGCAAGGUCCACAUCUUUCGGAACAUGGCGAUGGAAGCAGACAAGCGUUGUUUGCUCGAGAAGGAAUGUGCGAGACUGCGAGGCGAGCUGAGCAAGGAGAGUGAGAUUUGCCACAAGGCUCUUGAAACAGCAGCAGCCCUAGAACGAGAGCUCCAUGACAAGCAGCUCGAGUCAACCGAUCAGCUCCAACACAUGAUUUCCUCCCAGAAGAACAAAUCUCUACAAGACAAGGACUCGAGCCAGAAGCUCAUCGACGAGCUGAGGUCAAGCAUGUCGACUUACGUUGAGUCACAGCACCUCGCCUUGAAAGCUCAAGCCAGGGCUGAAAGAGAAAGAGAUCAGCUGGCUGAUCUUGUUCGUGAUUUGAGCCACAAGGGAUCCUUGGCAGCUGAGAGACUGAGAGAGUCGUCGGAGCAGUUGCAGGCUUUACAAGCAGAUGUUGAGAAGCUGAAGCAAGAAGUCUCUCAACGCGACAUGGCCCUCAAGACGUUGGCCCUCCGUCUCGAAGCCUCGCAAGAGUUGCAGAUACGAGUGCAGACCAGGGGGAACGACAAGCUCUGUCAGACCGACCCGUUCCUGGCGCUAGAGGCAGAAAACAGCAUCUUGAGCACUUCAGAUCGAAUCGCAAGCCUGAUGCAAGAGGUGGAAGAUGCGAGGAGAUGUGAAAGGAAGCUCAAGGAGCAAGUCAGCAGCCUCGAGCACGAUGGGCGAGUUGCUGACAGCAUGAUCGAGCUCCUCUCCGUCCAAGUAGCCAAGUUCCGUCAAGAGAGAGAGUGA